AUUAUUAUUUCAUUCAUAAUGCGAAUAACUCAAAACUCUCCUCUUGCCCCUACCGGCCUACCCUCAAAACCAGAAGAAGAAAAAGAAAAAUAUAAUAAUAAUAACAUUGUCGGUUGCAUUUCUCCCUAUAAAUUCCACUGCCGCUCCACACAUUUUGGCUCACACCAUCUACAACACCACAAACAAACAAACAAACCAUUCCCCACCAAAUUUUCAAACUCUUUUCCAACGCAAAAUGGCAUCCACCACCAUGGUCCGCUGCCUCGCCCUCUUCGCGGUGGCGGCGGUUAUGAUCGCGACGGUGGCGGCGGCGGCGGAGGGUAGCGCCGGAGUCAAUGGGCCGUCGCUGCAGGCGUGCAACCCGUCGCAGCUGAGCUCCUGCCUGCCGGCGAUAUCGACGUCGGCGCCGCCGACAGGGCAGUGCUGCGGGAACCUGAGGCAGCAGGGGCCCUGCCUUUGCGUGUACCUCAAGAACCCAAACUUCAGGCAGUACCUCAGCUCCCCUGGGGCAAGAAAGGUUGCUAGUGCCUGUGGGGUGCCUUUACCUCGUUGCUGAUUACUGAUUAUCCCACAACUCAUCAUUUAGAAGAUGAUGUGGUUUGCAUUCUCAUAAUCGAUCGGGUCGCUGGUUCUGUGAUACAUCGUUAAAAAUAAAAUUGAGAUGUAUAAGUGACGGUACGAUAUAUAUGGUACUGUCACGUCUCAUGAAAGAUUAAUAUAUGUGUAUGGUUUUCUUAGGUUCUCUUCUCUAAGUUCUAUAUGUAUUAAAUCAAGAAUGGUGUGUGAUCAAUUUCCUUUUGUUAUAUUUCAUCUCUUUUUUUUUCUUCCAACUUGGAAGUCUAUAUAUAUUAUUGAGUUGAAAAUAAUCUUAGUUGUCGUAUCUAGUGAUGGCAAUGGGGCGGGGUGGGGACCUCAAUUCCCAUGCCCCGCCCCACGCUACUACGGGACGGGGCGGGUACGGGGUGGAUCGAUCCAAUCUUACUUGUUAUUGAAAAAAAAUACAUGCAAAUUUUACUUUUACGAUAAAAUGAAGGAAAAAUACUUUAUGAAUGAAAAAUAGUGAUAAUAGAAUGGGUAAUUGAGUUUGACCAGUUGAAAGAUGACUCUAUUAGUUGAAUAAGACUAAAAUAGGAUGAAUAUGUAUGAAUACUAAAAGAAAUUGAGAUAAAUUAGUCUAGAAUAGGGCGGGGCAGGACGGGUCGAAAGUAGAUACCCAUGCCCACCCUACGCUACUGCGGGCCGGGUAAUACCCAUUCCAUCGCGGGUCAGAUAGGAUAAUACCUGCAGGACGGGUUUAAAUUGCCAUCACUAAUCGAAUCAUAUAAAUUUACAGGGUUGACUAUUAACAUGUGUCGGUCGUUCCUAUAGCACAUGAAUCCUACUCCUAAACAUGGAUAUAAUUUUGUAAUAGAUUCGGGCACUACUUUUAAAACUUGAUCUAUAUAAGAUGCUAUAAAAAAAAGAAAUAUCGAUUUGGGUUUGGCUUGUUGGGUAGAAAUUACUGAAUACAAACUGGGCAUCGUGAUCCCAACAAGAUGGGCAUGCAGGAUAUGCAACCCGAAGAAGGGAUUCGUCAAGAUACAAAUCCAAACAUCAAUCAAUUUGCUAUUUCGAAGAAUCGAGGAUCUCUCGACCAAGAUUGAGUUGUGUCAAUCUUUGGUCCGGAACUGCGCGCCCUCAACCCCACUAGUUUCUCCGUUGAUUUGCCGCGAAAUCAUAGGAUCCUCAAGUCCUCUCAUGGAAUGACGCCCUGACAUCAACAAUUGGCACCUAUAGUGGGCCUAGACGAAAAGUUCCAUCAAUAAUUUGCGCUUGCUAUGGAUCUUGGUGAAAUUUUUUACAAAUUAUCAUUGUCAAUGUCAAACCCGCUAGGAGAGAUGGUGGAGAAACCUGAUGUCGUGGAAUUCACAACGAGGCCAUGGGGGCACCGGUUUAGGUUCGCCUUUCGUAAGACCUACGUUUUAUCGAGGAAGCCUAUGUGGUCUACUUUUUAUGUAGGCACACCUCCAUCAAUGAGGUCAAGGGUUCAAUUCCCCGUGAAUUGCUAUUGUGAAAAAGAUCCACUUUAUCACCCACACCACUCUGCCUCCAUCUCUUCCGAAUCUUGACGGGACAACUUUUGCAUCAUCAUCACCAAUCUGGCAGGGGAACCUCUUCCCUUCUCAUGCUCCAAUCGAGGAAAAUCCAAGUAUGAGAAAGUUUUUGUAAACUCAAAAACUAUCUGGUAAUCCCUCCAAACUCUCAACUAUACUUGAUAUCAAAAUUCUCCUAUGAUGUUGCAUAACCCAAAAUAUUGUCCUUAUCACUCAUACACGGACAACACUAAACGCACAACAUAAGCCCGCAAUGAUUGGCAUUUGUCGCUUGCCAUGAUUGGUUUGGUCGUCUACUAUGAUUGUCACGAUUCUCCAUGGUGCCCACUACGACUAGUGCGGCCUGCCUGUCACAAUUGACACGGUUUCCAUAAUCGCUUGACAUGAUGGUAUGGAUCAUCAAUCAUGACUGGCACGACUCUCCAAUAAUUGCUCGCACAAUUU